ACUGCGUCGUCCGUACGCCACCGACAUCCUUCCGCCGCCGCUACAUCUAAAACCCUACCGCGUCUGGCUCCGAUCAAAUCUCACGCCAAAACAAAUCUCACGCGAACCAACCACCGCAAUUUCGUCGCGCAACCACAGCAAUUUCAUCGCAAGCAAUGCUCCGCCCCUCCGCCGCCGCAGCUUUCCGAUCUGCAGAUCCGGCGGCGCGCGGAGCCAUGGCGUUGCAGCAGCAGCACAGCCUGCCUCGCUCAACUACUGCAGCGCAAGGGAUGCGCUGCCUCCCCUCCACCACAGCUGCGUUCCGCCCAGCAAAUCCGGCGGCGCGCGGCGCCAUGGCUCAGCGGCAGAGCCUUGCUCCCCCAACCACUGCGGCGCAAGGAAAGCACCACCACUCAUCCGCUACAGCGUCUCGGCCGACAGGUCCGGCGGCGCGCGGCGCCAUGGAGUUCGAUUACUUCGUAGUCAUCGACUUCGAGGCCACCUGCGAGCGAGAUUCAAGAAUCUACCCGCAGGAAAUUAUCGAGUUUCCUGCGGUCCUCGUCGACGCCGCCACUGGAGGCCUCGUCUCAUCGUUCCGCACAUACGUGAGGCCUCGGCACCACCCGCGCCUCACCGAAUUCUGUUCCGAGCUGACGGGAAUCCGGCAAGACCAGGUCGACGGCGGCGUGGACCUUGAGCAGGCGCUGGCGAUGCACGACGCGUGGCUGAAGGAGGCGGGCGCCGCCAAGGACCGCCUGGCCGUCGUCACUUGGGGUGAUUGGGACUGCCGCACAAUGCUUGAGUUUGAAUGCAGCUUCAAGUGCCUCACCAAGCCGUCCUACUUCAACCAGUGGGUCAACCUCAGGAUCCCCUUCGAAGAAGUGUUCGGCGCUGGGCGGCGCAACCUUCAGGAGGCAGUCGCAGAGGCGGGUCUGCAGUGGAACGGCCGCCUACACUGCGGCCUCGACGAUGCCCGCAACACGGCGUACCUCCUCGCAGAGCUGAUGCGGCGAGGGGCGACCAUCUCUAUCACCGGCUCUCUGGCGCCACCACCUCAGUCAGAGCCAGAGCCGCAGCCACAGCCGCAGCCGCAGCAGCCUCCAGUGAAUCGUAGCUUUAGCUCGUGCUUCAGUGGCGCUGUUGCCGCAGACUGCUACUGCUACUGCUACUGCUACUGCGGCAUGGCUAUCCGAAGAGGGGUGAUGGCCACGCCGGGGCCAAUGCAAGGGCACUGCUUUUACAUCUGUGGCAAUUGGACACCAUCUUUGGGGCCGGUGUGCCCUUUCUUUGUCUGGGCGGCCUGAUUGCCGGCCGUCCGGACUCCCAUCGCGUCUACCUCAAUCUUCAGUAAGGUCUCCCUGUCCCUGAUGAGAUCAAGCUGCGAGUUACUUCCUCCUGUUCAGAUGCAUCGUCAUCCAUGAAAAGAUAAGUUUCUGAUAUCUGCCCCUUGCCCAAUGCAAACUAUAUCUUUAUAUAUUGUUUCCUCUUUUCCAACCUUGAAUCUGCAAUUCUUUAGCCAUUCAGUAUCAUUUUCAUUCAUGCCCCCCAGGGUAUAUGUUUACGCCUGCAUAAUCAGCUGUAGAUAAUUAUCUCAAUAUCUGUUUUUUAGAUAGCUUAGUGCCAUUACAUGUAAUUUUUUUCACUCACCUCAGCAUUUACUGCACCACUCAUCUUCCAUUACGUUAUUACAUCAUCAUUUGCAGUAGGCUACUCAUUGAAUGCAUAUCUGCUUCCUCUCUUUGCAGUAGGACAUUCAUAUCCUGAUACUAGAAUUCUGAUACUAGCCAUCCUUUUGUAUGGUCCAAUCUCAGUUACAUGUUAUGUUAUUACUAGUCAUUCUGAUACUAGUGAUUCCUUUAUCCUUAAUUAUAGUUGCUAAUAAUUAAUUUUAAUAUGCAUGUAUGAUGGCUGUCAUUUAGCUAAUGUUAAUUUUCCUGGGAUCACAGACCGCCAUUCUUUCUAGAGUUCUGUUUUCCUAUACAAUAGCAGAAUUUACAGUUGCUAAUCGUUGAUUAGACAGUUCAAAUUUGCAUAAUCUGCAUCUAAGAUCGCUGUCAUUUAGCAAAUAUGUUCAAUUUGGUCGGGAUCACAGUACUGCCAAUAUUUUUAGAGUUCUGAAUUUCUACAUUGUAGCCUACAUAGCCCUAAUACGCAAAUCAAACUGUCAUUCUUUCAUUUACAACUACUUUUUACUAAUCAGAUCUACAGCUCAUGUGGUUGGUCUGGGCAUAAUGUGAAACAAAGUAGUGUCUAUUUUUUAUGACCAUGUAUCAAUUCCUGUCUUUUUGUUUUUGUACACUGCAAGUCAAUGCCAGUCUUUUUUCUUUGUAUCAUCAGCACAUAUUUUCAUCCCACAAAUUUAUAUCCCUUCCCCCUUUUUUUACAGAUGAUACCCUACUACAAGGCUACUCAGCAUAUAUCCAGGAGGGAUCUCAGGAUCUCAGGAUGGAGAACUGCCUGUUGGCAGGGGGGAUAGAAGUACUGAUCAAGGCAGUCACGCAAGCAAUACUCUAUGUCAUGUUUCAAGUUGCCGAGAGGAUUAUGUGAGCAUAUCGACGCGACUAGCAGAGGCUUCUGGUGGGGGGUUGCUUGGGAGGAGAUGGUCAAGCCCAAGCAGUGGCAUUGGGAGGACUCGCUUCAGAGAUAUCGAGCUGUUCAACCAAGCCUUGCUAGCCCGGCAAGCAGGAUUCUGAAUGAGCCCACCUCCCUGAGCGCGAGGAUAUUCAAAGCUGUGUAGGACCCGUGUGUGGAUUUCCUGGAAGCAGACUGGGCACAGGACCAUCACAUGUACGGCGUGCAAUCAUAGAAGGGGAGGAUCUACUAAGUGCUAACACAAGGGAUAAUCCGCAGGAUUGGGAGGGGUGAGACAACAAACAUAAGGAGUAUGAACUGGUUACCACGAGACGACCAGCCCCGGCUUCAGCACCUCGUGCCCAAAUGCACUACAGUGGGUUCACGAGUUGAUUUACCCACUUACUCUAUCGUGGGAUCAACAGAAGCUACAAGCCUUUUUCUAUCCAAUGGAUGCAGAGGUAAUCAGUUCCAUCCCAUUGACCACCAGGUGACAGAGACUUUUGGGCCUGGCAUUAUGAGAGAACGGGUGUGUUCUCCGUAUGAUUGGCAUACUGGAUGCUUGUCCAGAAGAAGGAAAAUUGUACAGCAUGGCUGGAAGAGAAACUGGGGAUGUCAGACUUGCGUGCGAAUGAGAAGGAAUGGUCAGCUAUAUGGCAGUUGAAAGUUCCUUCGAAGAUCAGAAUGUUCCUCUGGAGACUAUCAAGAUAGUCCAUACCAACCGGAGAUGUUCUCGAUCGCCGGCAUGACACAAUAGGCAGCAUGUCUGAUUUGUGGCGCACAAGAUUCGUGGAAGCAUUCUCUAUUGGAGUCUAAUAUGGCUAAAUGCGUCUGGGUGCUGUCAAAGGGGUGGUGGAACACAUUUGCAAUAUUCAGGAAUCAGGAUCAGAACCCAUGGGCAUGGCUAGCUGAAGUUAUCUCCUCAUUGCCGAGGGAGGAACUCAUGAGGAUGGUGGUAACAAUGUGGGCAACCUGGCAUGCGAAACGCAAGGUGAUCUAUGAAAAGGUCUUUCAAAGCCCAUUUUCAACGCGCAGCUUUGUGGAGAGAUACAUGGCUGAUCUAGCCCUGUCAGAAGCUCGCCCGGAGAAUGUGAAACGGGCAGCAACUAGCUCACCGCGGUGGAUUCCCCCUCCACAUGGUGUAGCCAAGAUCAAUGUUGACGCGGCAUUAUUGAAAAGCUCAAGGCUGGCCUCGGCUGCAGCAGUAGCUAGGGAUGAGGCCGGUGUUUUCCUGGGAGCAUCGGCUGUGGCAACACCAGGAAUCACUGAUCCGGAGACCAUGGGAAGUGUUGGCAUUUAGAGAAGGACUAGCACUUGCAAAUGACUUAAGUGCUGCGCUGGGCCAGGUUGGCGAGUGACUGCACAAAUGCUGUGAUAAGUAUUGCACAAACCACGCUGGGACCAUACAACCAGAUCACCAAGGAGAUCAAAGAAGAUGCACUGGCUUUCCAGGAGAUGGAGUUUGUUCAUGACAGAAGAGAAGCAAACCACGACGCCCACGUGCUAGUGAGGAGCUCGCUUUUCAGCUCAAUUGGCCAGCAUAUUUGCUUUUUUGAUCCGCCAGAUGGUGUUUGUAAUUCUUAUUCAAUGACUUAAUAUGAGUGUCAGAGUCUAACAAAAAAAGAUCACUUCUGCUAUUCGCAUAUAUGCACAUCUAUAUUCUGUGAUGUUCAAGAAGUUUGAUAUGUCACCUAUAAAAUUUGCAGUCUGUGCACAUAUAUUUGUGUUGAAUAUGUACUGUGUAAAUUUGAAAUCUGCAGUUUUUGUGUACAUCUGGAAUUUUGUAUUGAAUUGGAUACUUUUUGCU